AUGGCCGCCUUUGAUGUGGAUAAUAUGAUCGCGCGUCUGCUGAAUGUCGGGAUGACCGGGGGUCGUCUGACCACCCAAGUCAGCGAACAGGAGCUCUCGCAGCUCUGUCAGAUUGCCAAGGAGGUUUUCAUUUCCCAGUCCUCCCUCAUCGAAGUCGAUCCUCCUCUUGUUGUGUGCGGAGACAUUCACGGUCAGGUACGAAUACUUUCGUUUAGAUUAUAUUUCACUAUUACAGUACUCCGACCUUCUCCGUGUGUUCGACAAGAACGGAUUCCCACCCGAGCAAAAUUAUCUCUUCUUGGGAGGUAAGGCAACCAAAUUAUGCAACCUGUUUGUUAGAUUACGUUGAUCGUGGUCGUCAGAACAUUGAGACAAUCUGUCUGAUGUUCUGCUACAAGAUCAAGUACCCGGAGAACUUCUUCAUGCUCCGUGGAAACCACGAAUGUCCAGCCAUCAACCGAGUCUACGGAUUCUUUGAGGAAUGCAACCGACGAUACAAGUCGAUCAGACUUUGGAACUCGUUCCAGGAUACGUUCAAUUGGAUGCCUUUGUGUGGAUUGAUUGGCGGCAAGAUCCUCUGCAUGCAUGGGGGAUUGUCUCCUCAACUGACCAGCCUGGAUCAGUUGCGCAAUCUUCCCCGUCCUCAAGAUCCCCCCAAUCCCAGUAUGGGCAUCGAUCUUCUGUGGGCCGAUCCCGAUCAGUGGGCCAAGGGAUGGCAGGCAAACACCCGUGGAGUUUCGUACGUCUUCGGUCAGGAUGUGGUGGUCGACAUCUGCACCAAACUUGACAUCGAUCUUGUGGCGCGAGCCCAUCAGGUGGGUUGAAAGAAGCUCUGCUGAUUAGUGAUUCAGGUGGUCCAAGAUGGCUACGAGUUCUUUGCCAAUCGCCGUCUGGUCACCAUCUUCUCAGCCCCGCAUUAUUGUGGUCAGUUUGACAAUGCCGCGGCCACGAUGAAUGUCUCGGAUGACUUAAACUGCUCCUUCUCCGUCUACCGUCCUACUGCCAAAGCCGUCCGUAUGGCCUUGAAGGCUUGA